UUAAGGUGAUAACAAAAUGAAGGCCUGCCUACCACUCCUUGCACUGUUUUUGUGGAUUGCUGUCAUUGAAGCUCGAUUAUUCCGAUUUGACGACGUUCUCGUUGAUCCUACACAAGACAGAGAUUCAUCAACACUAAAUGAUUGGGAAUACGCAUCACCGCGACCAAAGCGAAAUCGUCUAUGUAUGAUUAAUGCUGGUCUAUCUCAGGGAUGCGACCUCUCUGACAUUCUGAUGGCAAAACAACAGGCAAGUAAAUUCAUGAGUUUCGCUGGACCAGGCCGUAGAUGAUGGUAAAAGUUGCCUACUCCUCAUUCUUGCCCCGCAGUGCUAGAAUAUACAUCUUGACAGACGUUCCAUUCGCAGUUUUCGUUCUUUUGUCUUCUUCGCUGAUAUGUUGAUAAAAGGUUGUUGGAUAUUGAUAAAAUUCUACUCAGUAUCGCUCAUCAAAAUCGUGCAAAGCUUU